CGGGUCCCUGAGUGAAUGCUUCAAUUACAAUAUUAUUCAGAUGUGAAGAGCAGGACUGCUUGGUUCAUGAAUUUGAGAAAUGCAAGAACUCUGAGUGGCACAAGCUCUUUAGAUGAGACAACCUAUGAGAAACUGGCUGAAGAAACACUGGACUCCUUAGCAGAUUUCUUUGAGGACCUGGCGGAUAAACCUUUUACCCCAGAAGAUUAUGAUGUCUCUCUAGAGAAUGGAGUACUAACAAUUAAAUUGGGUGGAGACAUGGGAACAUACGUAAUCAAUAAGCAAACACCAAACCGGCAGAUUUGGCUGUCCUCACCCACUAGUGGGCCCAAGCGCUAUGACUGGACUGGACGGAAUUGGGUGUAUUCUCAUGACAGAGUAUCUCUUCAUGAACUACUAUCAAAAGAGUUUUCAACAGCUUUAAAAACUAAAUUGGAUUUGUCCUGCUUAAUAUAUUCUGGGAAAGAAGAUACUUGAUUUUAUUCUACCUCAUGGAAGUUUAAAGACUUUAACCUCAAGCCAAGCUGUUUCUUAGGCUGAAGUACCUGAGCUUAAUUCUGUUGUUUUUCUUGGCAUCAAUAUAUUGUGCAACAAAAAUGAAAAUAACAUUUUUUCUCUAUUGCUCAGUCUUUGGAUUUCCGUGGGCUUUUUGAAUCCGUGCAGUACACAUGGUUGAGGUCGCCCAUCCUGUCACUUCAUUUCUUGCUUUCUUCCUGCAGAAGUCAUGAAUUUUUAGUUUCUAUAGACGUGUUUGCAUGUAAGGACUGACUGCCUGGUGACUUCUGACCAGCACACAAACACUGAACUUUGCUUGGUGAAACAUUCACCCAAAACAAGAAAUGCCUGCCAGUUACAUUGGCAUAAAUUGCGGUACUGUGAAUGUACUGCCUCAAAAUUUGUGGCUAUUGUAAUACAUCAUAGUCACAUUUAACAUGUCAUAGUGCAUGUAAUGACAGUUUUUUUCUUAGUAUUGCAGAACUUGCUAUUCUCCAAAUUCUAAAUUGUAGUGUGUUUCACCUCAGGAUUUUUUUUUUGAGCUAAACUUUAAAUUACUUAGACAUUUUUGUGGUUCUGAGCAUGAUAUGGAAUUGGAAAAGCUAGUAUGUGAAGUUUAAGCUGUAUAGCAAUACCUCUGCAAACAUUUAAUUCUGUUACUGUGCAUUUCUCUUUCUCUACCCUUUUGUUCUUCAAAGAGUGAAAAUACUUUUUUUUUGAGCCAAGCAAAAUUAAGUUCAUGAAAAUUUGCAGUAGUUUUAUUCUACUGCAUUUCUUCAAUAGUUUAAGAUUAUCUUCUUACCACCAUGAUGCAGCAAGUCUGCCCCUGGUACCGUGCUGAUGGAGAAAUUUCUUAGAAUCAAGUAUUGUUCUUAGGCUGAUGAAGCUGUCUUCAUUAGGCUAUUAAAUAUGUGAAGGGAAUAAACUAUAUACUCGAGAUCUUGCAACAAAAAACAGUUAAAGAAGUAAUGAACAGCAAUACUUCAGCAAUUGCACUGUUGUAAUAUUACAGCUUGCAGAUUUUAACUGUCUGUAAAAUGGAAGGACCAAAUUAUUGACUAAUGCAUGAGGGAAAAAUUAUACCGUGCUCUUGCAGAUUGUAUGAAAAGAUGUUCAGUCCACAGUAUAUUUCUUUUCAGUUUCUCUGAUGCUGUGGUUUGGCAUGAUUUUCUAGCUAGCUUGACAGGGAAGGAUUGAAUUUGUCAUUGAAAAACAAUAACUGUAAAGUGUUCUUGCCCAGUAUUUGCAUUUAGAGAUUUAGAGUAUAAGCAUUGUUACCUGCUAUUUCUCACUACUAAACAGAGAAAUGUUUCGAUGGAAGUAGCUCUUGGUUAAUGGUUCAUGCUCUGUGCAUGUUUUACAAUCAAUAUGAAUUUCAGCACUAUUGGAUGAGGUAAAUACAAUGACUCCCAGACCUCAUAAGAGUAAAGCAUGUUUUUUCAAAAGAGUACAGGGAGGUAAAAAUAGAAUAUGUUUUUGCAGUUCUGAAUUUAGAACACUGAAGAUAAUUUAUAGCAUAUGGAAAUAUGUAUUUUUAUGUAGUUACUUUUAUGAUAUUUAACUCAGUCUCCUACAAUUUCAGAUAGUCGUUUAAACUAAUUUAUGUAGAAGUUAAUGACAUGAUAUCUGAGUCAAGGAUACCUGGUUAUUCCUUUGCCUGACCAUGUGAAAUUAUUUUUUCCAAUUGACUUCUCCAAAAAUUAUUUUCCUAAGUAUUUGCAUGCAAUAUGACCACUCAUAUGCAUCUGAUUCAUAUUUGGAAGUUAAUUUUCCAUUCCCUUACAUCUGGUAGAAAUGUUUAUAGUUAAAUAAAAUUGAAUGUGAAAUUCUUAAUUCAUUAUGUAAAGGUAUGAUUCAAGAGUUUGAUGAUAAGGGUGAAGGCCACAGAUGUGCAUACUUUUGAAUUCUUUCUGUUUUGUAAAACACAUACUGGAAAGAUUCUGUGCAAGUGUGGCCAGUUGAUGUGAAUUUUGUAAGAGCAGUUCAGCUUUCACAGUUUACAUGCCUUGCCCUUAAUCUGUAAUGCUACUGCUAUUUAUGCAAACAAUUUCCUGGGUUUAGGUAUCUGAGUAACAAAUGCGUUUAAUCUUAGCUGAAGAUAAAUAGUGUCAGCAAGUUAGAAUGAGUUUUAUCUCGAUGUACAAAAUGAAUCAUAGGACAUGACUCAUUUUUUGCUUUAAUACUUGCAUCCAGUUUUAAGUAGGGGGCAAGGACUCCCAUGAGCCAUCCCACUUGUACAAUGGAGGCACAGAACAAGCUCUAAUCCUAAUAUCAGACUGCUUAUUGCCCCAAGACAAGUAACACUUCUGUACUGUUUUUUACUUCCAUAACUUACAGAAUAAAAAGACUGUUGAAUAGUUCCCCACCUGA